GGCUGUAGAAACUCAUACAUCACCUCACAACACGCGAGGAGAGCAUCAUAGUUAUUAGCCACAGGAUCUUCUUCGCAAACUUUCUGAUUCAUACGAAUAACAUCUGCCACCGCCCGAAUCAUGGCUACAGGACAGAAACUUUAUCCUCGAGCCAAUCUUAAGAAGAUUGUUAAAGCCCAUUCCAAGCGCAAUCUCACCAAAAAUGUUGAUGUAUUGAUCUUCCUUGACUAUAUGCUUUUUCUCGAAACGUUGAUGAAGGAAGCUGGUAUCAAUGCGAAGCAGGCUGGAGAGCGUGGCAUUAGUGCCAAGAGUAUAAAAAAAGUCACUGAAGUAUGUCUGGCUUUCUUGCUGCUUAUACUCAUAAUAACCAUCUCAAACUAGCUAUCACUAUCGAAAUUCAAGGGAUGAUGCGCGAGGUUCGAAAAGUGGUUGUAUAAAUGAUAUGGUGAAUCCGCUCUCACAGAAGGGAUGCGCCUCGAGAGUGAUUGAAUUCGAGGGGGAAUACGGGAAUAUGAUAUUUCCCUACUCAAAGUAGAUACUUCGAACAAUGGAUUGGACCGCAGAUGGCGAUGCGAAGAGUACCCAGGUACCAUGGCAUUGGGGUUCGACGAGCAUGGGGAAGAAGAUUGCAUUGGAUCGAUGUGCGAGGCUGUGCAUUUCACGGAGCUCGGGGGACAAGGCGAAGAUGACCGGACGGUAGCAACUCUUUUUAGACAUACAUCAAUCACUGGAGGUUGACUUGGUUGAAAUGCAUUAAAACAAGAAUACAAGAAUACUUAAUACAUACAGCUCAGCUUCA